AUGGGAUCGCUGGUGUUCUCUGCCUCCCCUGCCCUCUGGGUCCCAGGGUGCCUGGCCCUGCUUCUCUGGCUGUGGGUGCUGUGCACAGCCCGCCACAGGAAGCGUGCGCAGAGGCAGCCGGCUGUGCUGCAGGGGAGCGUGAGGCCCGCGGAGACCGUGAGUUCCAGGCUGCUGUCCCCAGGCCAGGGUGGGGCCAGCAGGGCGCUGACUUGCCUUCCUUGCCCCCAGUCGACGCUGAGGCAGCCCCACCUCAGCGUCCUCAGCAAAUCGGACACCAGGCUCCACGAGGUGCACCGGGGCCCACACCGCGCAGCCCCGCGGCCUGCCAGCAUGGAUCUCCUGCGCCCGGCGUGUCUGGAAGUGUCCAGAGGCAGCAUCCGUCCGCCGGCUGCCUUCGCGCCCCAGGAGCCGCCCCAGCCAUCGCCUGCUGCUACGCACGCCCUGCCUGCCGCCGGCCCCGAGGCCACCUAUUCCAAUGUGGGGCUGGCUGCCAUCCCCAGGGCCAGCCUGGCGGCCAGCCCCACGGUGUGGGCAGGGGCUCGGCUGACCAGCAGCCGGGCCCGGCCAGAGGUGGCUGCGUACGCUCGCAUCCAGAGGCUCAAGGGGGCAGACUGGGGGCCCCAAGGCCCGGAGCAGGGCAAGGCCCAGGGCACCCCCGCCGCUCAGGCGGACGUCCUGUACUCCAGGGUCAACAAACCCAAGAGGAGAGAUCCAGGACCUGCCGUAGCCCACGCGGACCCCCGGGGCCAGGCUGCGGUUCUGACUCUGGGGCGAAACCUGUCCUACGAGGCCCUCCCGCUCAGAGGCCCGGGCGUGGACCAGGGAGACGACGGCUCCCCAGAAAACGUGUACGAGAGCAUCCAGGACAUGGGGAUCCCCCGAGGGCCGGCAGCCCCCAGCUCUGGAGACUAGAUCGGACCUGGAGGCCUCCUGCGCCCCCACCUCAGCCCGGGCAGGGCCUCCCCCCUCCCCUGGCCGUGAGCGCUUACGCGCCCAGGCUCCCUUCUCCAGCGUGGGGCGCACUCCAAUCCCC